UUGAAAUUGAAGCUCAGAAUCAACACAACUUCCAUCGUCGAUUAUCCCAGAUUCACCCAUCGAGGUUUGCUGUUGGACACUUCCAGGCACUUCAUUCCCGUGAGAAAAAUCCUCAUCACUCUAGAUGCGAUGGCUUACAACAAGUUCAACGUUUUCCAUUGGCACAUUGUGGACGAUCAAAGUUUCCCGUACGUCAGCGUCAAAUAUCCGGAGCUCAGUGACAAAGGAGCGUAUUAUCGCAAGCAAAUAUACUCCGUAGAUGAAGUUCAGCAAAUAAUACAGUACGCGAGGUUGAGAGGAAUCAGAGUAAUGCCAGAAUUUGAUACUCCAGGACAUACAAGAUCUUGGGGAGUGGCUCACCCUGAAAUACUAACAGCCUGUGAAGGUAACUUCACCGGUAAAUUGGGACCAAUUGAUCCUUCGAAAGAAAUCGUCUACGAUUUCCUUGAAGGACUAUUCGAAGAAAUUCACGAAACUUUCCCGGAAGAAUAUGUGCAUCUAGGAGGCGAUGAAGUGGGUUUCGAAUGUUGGAAAAGCAACUCGAAUAUAACAAAGUUCAUGACAAAAAACAACAUUUCCGAUUACUUUUCUUUGGAGAGCUAUUACGUCCAGAAGGUUAUCAACAUGGUGGAGAAACUUGGAUCGAAAUCCGUAGUGUGGGAGGAAGUUUUCUCCAACGGAGUCAAAUUACCAUCAGAUACGAUUGUGCACGUAUGGUUGAAUUCUUCGACUGUGUCAGAGGUAAUUUCUUCAGGAAAACCAGCCCUUCUGUCUGCUUGUUGGUACCUCGAUGAUCUAGACAUGGGUGGCGAUUGGCAAAAAUACUACUCCUGCGAACCGAACAAUUUUGCAAGAAACGGGACUCAGAGAAAACUUCUUCUAGGUGGAGAAGCUUGUAUGUGGGCAGAGGCAGUGAAUGAACACAACGUCAUCUCCAGAGUGUGGCCCAGGGCAUCAGCAACAGCAGAGAAGCUCUGGUCCAACGAAAACAUUACCACCAUGGACGAAGCGACAUUGAGAUUGGAGGAGCACGCUUGCAGAAUGAACCGGAGAGGAAUCGAAGCACAGCCGCCCAAUGGACCUGGAUUCUGUCUUGGAAGAGGAGAAUUUUAACAAAAUGAUAAUGUAUAAUGAAACUUUUUCAAUUUGAACUAGUUUAUUUACAAAUAAAUGAAUCAACAGCUCUAUGGAGCUGUUAGCACCUCACGAUA